GAUCUUUAAGCUCAUUUGAAACUUCCUCACUCUUUCCAUUCCCUUUCCCACCUUGUUCCUCACCCUCUUUUUACUUUUCUUCUCUAACCUCUCUCUCUCUCUCUCUCUCCCUCUCCCUCUCACACCCAUAAUUGUGAAGAGAGAGAAAGAAGAAGAACAGAGGUUGAAGACAUGAUUGAUUCAGAUGGUUUUAGCUACCAUCAAUGGCAGCUUCUCAUAUAUGAAUAGAUGGGUUGUAUAUAAAUAGGAGAAGAACAUAGUACGUACUUCUAGCGCCAACAGAGUAUAUUUAAGUUGUUGCGGUUAAAAAGCUCGUAGGCAUAUUAGACCUUAGCUGCAAUGGCGGGGAUGCUUCCUGGUGUGGAAUGUGCUCGAAGAAGACGAGUCCAUCAGAGCGGCGAAUCGCCAAGUCUGGCUAAUACAAAUGGCUGCACCAGACGCUCAUCUUUUUGCUUGUAUGCUAGCAACCAUGAAACACACCAAACCUCAACUUUUUCUCUGCAAAGAAGCAUGUUGAACCAGGCUUCAUACAAGGAUGAGACGCUAGGAGUGGAAGCCAGAGUUGCCAAAGAGAGAUUAGAUGAAAGAUUGAGAACACAAAGAAAAUCACAACCCAAAAGGCUAAUUAGCAAAGAAGGAUCAUUGAGUAGUGUGGAUGAUGGAAGAUCUACCAUGAUUCUGAGGGAGUUGCAGAGAGAAGUGUAUGGAUCAAAGAAGACUACUAGGACUGGGUCAAGAAAGUUCAGCUGGGCCAAGUUCAGCUGGAAGUCAUCUGACCAAGAUGAGUGCGCUGUUUGCCUUGAGAGGUUCAGGCCUGGUGAGACUCUGGUGCACCUGCCUUGCGCACAUAGGUUCCAUUCUGAGUGUAUGGUCCCAUGGCUGGAGAACAAUGCUCAUUGCCCUUGUUGUAGAAUGGGGAUAGCUAUAGUGUCCCAGUAAAUUUACUUCUCUUUAAUUUGUUUUAAUUAUCUGUAAUGAGGCUUGCAGUUGUAGGGUUGGUGUGGAUCAGAAUGUUGACUUUAUGAGGCUUCAGCUUGUAUCUACCAUAUGAUUUUGUUGAAGAAAGAACGAAAGAUUAGCAAGAA